AUGCCGGAGCCAAUCGCAAUCAUCGGCAGCGGGUGCCGCUUCCCGGGCCAAGCCUCGUCCCCUUCGAAGCUGUGGACUCUUCUUUCUCAACCCCGCGACGUCCUGAGCAAGAUCAACCGCUUCAGCGCCGACGGGUUCUACAACAAAGACGGCCAUCACCAUGGCUCCUCCAACGUCUUACACUCUUACCAGAUUGAUGAAGACACACGCGCCUUCGAUGCCCAGUUCUUCAACAUCCCCGCCUCGGAGGCGGAGAGCAUGGACCCGCAGCAGCGGUUCCUGAUGGAGGUUGUAUACGAAGCCAUCGAAGCUUCCGGACACAAGAUCGAGGACCUGGCGGGGUCGGAGAUGGCCACGGCGGCUUAUGUCGGCGUCAUGUGCAACGAUUACGCACACAUCACCUAUGCAGACCUCGAGUCUGUGCCCAAGUAUGCGGCCACGGGCACGGCCCUGAGUAUUCUGUCCAACAGGCUGAGCUACUUCUUCAACUGGACCGGACCUAGCAUGACGAUCGAUACAGCGUGCAGCUCCAGUCUGGUGGCCCUGCAUCAUGCUGUGCAGACGCUGAGGGAGGGCAACAGCAAAGUUGCCGUUGCCGCGGGGGCGAACUUGAUCUUCACUCCGACAAACUACAUCGCGGAGAGCAAUGUCAACAUGUUAUCACCUACAGGCCGUUCACGCAUGUGGGACGCCGAUGCAGACGGAUAUGCUCGUGGCGAGGGCGUCGCAGCAGUUGUUCUGAAGACAUUAAGCCAAGCUAUCGCAGACGGCGAUCCCAUUGAAUGUGUUAUUCGGGAGACGGGCCUGAAUCAGGAUGGGCGAACAACUGGCAUCACUAUGCCCAGCAACGUGGCCCAGGCGGAGCUCAUUCGCUCGACGUAUAAGCGUGCCGGGCUGGACUUGAACAAACAGGCAGACAGGCCGCAAUUCUUUGAGGCACACGGAACCGGAACCAAAGCUGGCGACCCCCAAGAAGCGGGAGCUAUCUACAGAGCAUAUUUCGGACAGGGCGAGAACACCACCGACGGAGAUGCAGAGACGCUCUACGUCGGCUCAAUAAAAACGAUCAUCGGACACACCGAGGGCACCGCUGGUCUGGCAGGUCUCCUCAAGGUCUCGCUAGCCAUCCAGAACAGAACCUUGCCCCCAAAUAUGCACUUCCAUACAUUGAACCCAGAUAUCGAGCCAUACUACGGCAAACUCCAGAUCCUGACUAGUGCUAAGCCUUGGCCGGCCCUUGCCCCGGGGGUUCCUCGACGCGCGAGUGUAAAUAGUUUUGGAUUCGGCGGUGCGAAUGCACAUGCAAUCGUCGAGAGCUAUGACCCGCCAUCAAAUAGCAGCCUUGAGAUAUGCAAGGAGACUAUGACCGAGACUGCCAUCCCCUAUACAUUCUCAGGAUACUCCGAGAAGGCCUUAAUGGCGCAACUCACCAGCUUUGUCGAAUAUCUUGACACCAACCCGGAAAAGCUAAGAGACGUCGCAUGGACACUCUCUCGGCGGUCAGCUUUCGCAAUCCGAACAACCGUCUCGGGAAACAACGUCGAGACACUAAAAGAAAAGCUCCAGGCCAAGAUUGACGGCAAAAACAAAGAUGGCAAAUCACUGGGUCUCCGAGCCUCGGUCAAGAACCAGAAGAUUCUGGGGGUGUUUACUGGGCAAGGCGCACAGUGGCCAAAGAUGGGCUUGAGGCUGCUGCAGUCUUCAGCUACUGCGAGGCACAUAUUCGACAGUCUAGAAAAGUCAUUGGUUGAACUGCCGGAAGAGGAUCGACCAUCCUGGUCUCUUUCGCAGGAGCUCCAGCGAGAGGCCGAGGACUCGCGCGUCAUGGAAGGCCAGUUCUCACAGGUGCUUUGCACCGCGGUCCAGAUCAUGCUCGUCGACCUCUUGCAUUCCGUUGGCGUCUCAUUUGAUGGCGUGGUCGGUCAUUCAAGUGGUGAGAUUGCAGCCGCCUACGCCGCUGGGUACCUCAGUUCCAACGACGCAAUAAGAGUUGCCUACUACCGUGGCAAAUUUGGCAAGCUUGCCCACGGACGCGAUGGAACCUCUGGAGGAAUGCUGGCAGCUGGAACGGACAUGGCUGACGCCACGGAGCUUUGUGAGCUGGAGGAUUUCGAGGGUCGCCUCCAGGUCGCAGCGAGUAAUUCGUCUUCUAGCGUGACGCUUUCUGGAGAUGCAGAUGCUGUUCACCAGGCACAGUUUAUCCUCGAAGACGAGAAGAAGUUUGCGCGUUUGCUGAAAGUCGAUACGGCGUAUCACUCCUACCACAUGCAGCCGUGCGCUGAGCCUUAUGUUGACGCCAUGAAGAGGGCUGGAGUUCGGGUUCUCAAAGCCCAGUCUAAGAAGAGCUGCCGCUGGUUUUCCUCCGUCUUGGGGGGGCAGGAAGUUGGCGAAGAGGUCUCUGCGACGCUCGCUGAUACCUACUGGCGCGAUAAUCUCCUCCAGCCAGUGCUAUUCUCGCAAGCCCUCGAAGCAGCCGUGACCAACAUCAACGACAUCGGUCUUGUGCUGGAAGUUGGCCCACAUGCCGCGCUCAAGGGCCCUGCAACCCUAACAAUAACCGACAAGCUCGCCCGUGACGUCCCCUACACCGGCCUUCUAUCUCGCAACACAGACGAUGUCGAAGCCUUUUCCGACGCUAUUGGCGCAGUUUGGGCCAGUAUGUCCCAAGACAUAAUCGACUUUGCCCAAGUUGACGCUCUCCUCGCUACCGGUUUAGAAGACAAACCAGGUUUGUGUCCCGGCGUGCCUGGAUACACAUGGGACCAUUCGCGUAAGUACUGGAUGGAGUCUCGAUCUUCCUCAGCCCUACGAUUGCGUCCAGCGGCGCAUCACGAGCUUCUGGGUGUGAGAGUCGAUAGUCUAGACCGCGAGUUUCGAUGGCGCAACUUUAUCAAGCCGUCUCAGCUUUCCUGGACAAAGGGUCACCAAGUCCAAUCGCAGCUAAUCUUUCCGGGUGCUGGAUUCUCUGUCAUGGCGAUUGAGGCCGCAAAAGCACUUGUUCCGGAGAAGGAGAUUGGACUCGUUGAGUUAAGCGAUGUCCAGGUCCUGAGGGCAAUGGCAUUCCAAGAUGAGAAUACUGCUGUGGAGGUUGUUUGUUCUUUGACUAAUGUUGUUGAAGCCGAAGAUCAAAUCACAGCGAACUUUACCUGCGAUAUUUGUCUCUCCAAGGAGUCUGGAUUUACCAUGGCCUCCUGUGCUGCUGUCCGUCUGCAGCUUCAGUCGGAUCAAACUCAGGUUCUUCCUGAACGAACCCCGUGUCCCGUGCGUAUGAACGACGUCAAUAUUGAGCACUUUUACAGCACGCUCUGGAGCCUCGGGUAUAAUUACACGGACAUGUUCCGCUCGAUUACUUCACUGCAGCGUACAACCGACACUGCGUCGGGCGUUAUUCAUACCACUACAGAAGCAGCAGAGCCAGGAUAUACUACGUCGUUGAUUUUGCACCCCGCAACGCUGGACGUUGCGUUUCAGGGUAUUUUCGGCGCAAUGGGUGCCCCUGGAGAUGGCCGCCUUUGGACAGUGCUCGUGCCAACACGCAUCAAACGCAUCACCAUCGACCCAACCCUCUGUUCCAGCGCCUCCUUCUCAUCUGGCUUGAAUGUCUCUCUACCCUUCGACGCCAGCGUAUCCGUUUCUCCGAUUGACGGUGUAGCCGGUGAUGUUGAUAUCUUCAAUCCGUCUGGCAUCAACAAGGCAGUCCAAGUUGAAGGGCUUCAGGUGAGCCCGCUUGCGCCUGUAACGGAGAACGAUGAUAAGGAGGUCUUUUCCGACACCACGUGGGCGUUGCAGGAACCUAAUGCUGCGGCCGCAGGUAAUGUAGGUGAGUGGAAACUAACCGAGCAGGAAUGGGAGCAUGCGCGUUACGUCGAGCGAGCUUGCUUCUUCUACUUGAAGCAGCUGGUUGAUGCAAUUACGCCCGAGGAGAGAGAGAAGUGCGAGUGGCAUCCGAAGAAAAUGCUUGAUUGGGCCACCGAGGUCGUGGGCGUUGUGGCCCGCGGGGAGCAUCCUAUUGUUCCGAAGGAGUGGAUGGAUGAUACGUGGGAGAUGCUGGAGGGACCGCUGGACGAACUCACAGCCAAGUACUCCGACUUUGAAAGCUUGACACACGUCGGAAAGAACCUGAUUCCGUUUGUUCGGGGCGAGUUCUCGCUCCUCGAGCUGGUCAGGAAUGGCGGACUGCUGGAGCAUAUCUAUCGGAAUACGUAUGCCUUUGCGGAGUAUAACGAGUGCCUGGCCGGGCUAGUCAAGCAGCUCUCGCAUCGGUUCCCGCGCAUGGAUAUUUUUGAGAUUGGCGCUGGAACAGGCAGUACAACUGAGGCGGUUCUCCAAAGCAUAGGCGACCACUACUCAUCAUACACGUACACCGAUGUCUCCGCGGGAUUCUUCCUCAAAGCCCAAGAGCAUGCAAUUUUCAAGCAGCAUGCCGCCAAGAUGAUUUACAAGACGUAUGAUGCUGAAAAAGAGCCCUGCGCGCAAGGGCAUACCGAAAGGAGCUACGAUUUAAUCAUUGCUUCCAACGUGCUCCACGCCACACACUCCUUGGAAACGACACUGUCCAAUGCACGAAAGCUCUUGAAGCCCGGUGGUUAUCUGGUAGUUCUAGAAGUCACGGACAUCAACCCGCUUCGCCCGACUUUCUUCUUUGGAUGUCUACCGGGUUGGUGGGUUGGUGAGAAUGACGGCAGACCGCACCAUCCGCUUGUUACUAAGGAACGCUGGGGUCAGUUGUUUGAAGCCACCGGGUUCUCUGGCCUUGACACGGCGACGCCAGAUCACGGUGUCUUUAUGGCUCCGUUCUCGGUAAUGCUUACGCAGGCUGUUGACCGGCAGAUGGGACUGAUCAGGCAGCCUCUCCAAACGCAAAAACAAGAAGAGGAUAUCAAGACCACAAUUACAAUCGACAAUCUUCUGAUUCUUGGUGGAGGCGGAUAUGCCACUUACGACCUGAUUGAGGAUAUUCAGCGCCAGCUUGAGCUCAACGCAGAGAUUAAGCAAGUCACUGUCGUGGAGACCGUUGAAGCAUUGGAGACAUCACACUUUCACCCGCGCCAGAUGCUGCUGAGUCUCGUCGAGCUUGACCGUCCCGUCUUCUCCCCUUUUACUCCAGAGCGGUUCGCAGGUCUGCAGCUGCUGACAGAGAAAUGCCGAAACGUGCUGUGGGUUGUUCAAGGUGCAUCAGGCGAGCAGCCCUAUGCAAACAUGAUGAACGGCGUGGCACGCUGUUUGGUUGGUGAACAACCCGAUAUGCGCUUCCAGUUUCUGGACUUUGAUGUGGCUGAUAAGCCGGACGCCGAGUUUAUUGUCAAGACCCUGCUCAGGCUCCAGAUCUCGGACGCGUGGAAUGGCUUCAGAGAGCCGUACCGGCCUGCCUGGACGCUCGAACGCGAGAUCAGAGUUCGUGGGGGGCAGGUCCAUAUCCCUAGGUAUGCGCCUAGUGCCAGGCGGAACCUGCAGUAUAACUCGUGGAGGAGGACCGUGAGGGAGCCUGUGGACCUGCAUGUCGACACAGAGCGUGUUGUUGUUUUGACCAAUGCAAACGGUCACUUCGAUCUCGAAGAAGAUACGUCGCCCAGCCCGGUCACAGCAGCUGAGAAUGUGAUGACAAUCAACGUCUCGCGAUCAUUUACCAAGGCCGUUGAAAUCGAUGGGGUGGGUCACCUUUAUAUUCUAACGGGAGAGUGCGCACAGUCAAAACAGCGAGUUCUUGCUUUUGCCCGACAGAAUGCCUCCCAAGUCCAGGUUCAAAAGGAUUGGGUCUUCAACGUCGAAUCCAUUCCAGGCUCUGAGGAGGCCGCACUGCUCCAGACCUUAGCCAACGUGUGCUUGGGUACCAUGCUUUUGAGCCGGAUGCCGCAAACUGGGCAACUGCUGGUACAUGAGCCGAGUGUUACCCUCGCUCGGACAUUGAUAGCCCUCACCUCCGGUCGUGUCUCCUUCACUACGGCCAACCGUGCCAAUCUCGAAUCUGGUAUGCCCUUUGUGUUUAUCCACCCAUCCAGUCCCGAAAAUUCCAUUGCUCGUCGCUUGCCAGCAGAUAUUGCGGGCUUCGUGGAUGCGUCCGAGGGCCAGGGUCUCGGAAGAACCAUCGCACGACAACUUGAAUCACAGCCUCAAGUUAGGGUUCUUUCUAUUACUGGCUUCUACAGUACCUCGUCUCGCCAAUGGGGUGCUGCUGAUGGAGCUAAUCUGCAAGCUCUUCUUCGGCGCGCCACAGACUUGUUUACUCAGAUACCCAAGGACGCGGUAGAAGAACUUUCGCUGGAUGAAGUGAUCCAAAGGACUACGGACGGUGAGAUCGAGAUCCUCAACUGGAAGAGUCAGCCCAAAGCCCUGGUGAAGCUAUCACCCGUGCAAGACGAAAUCACCUUCAGAGGUGACCGCACCUACCUCUUGGUAGGUCUGACGGGUGAGCUAGGAAGAUCGCUCUGCCGCUGGAUGGUGCAGCGCGGCGCCCGAUAUGUCGUCCUCACGAGUCGCAAACCAGACGUUGAGGCUGCUUGGCUCGAGCUGAUGCAAUCCUACGGUGCCCGCGUUGAGAUCAUGGCAAUGGACGCAACGAGCCGCAAGUCUACGUACGACGUGGUCCGCAAGAUCAGGCAGACUCUUCCCCCUGUGGCAGGCGUCGGUAACGGCGCAAUGAUUCUGAACGACGGCCUGUUCAACGUCAUCUCGCACGAGGAUUUCAACCAAACACUUCGACCCAAGGUCGACGGUACAACAUAUCUCAAUGAGCUCUUCGACUCUCCGGAUCUGGACUUCUUCAUUGUCUUCUCUUCUCUCGCCUACGUGACAGGCAACUUUGGGCAAACCAGCUAUGCGGCAGCGAACGGUUUCAUGGCCAGUCUGGUUGAGGGACGCAGGAAGCGUGGCUUACCGGGUAGUGUGAUGAAUCUGGCGGGCAUUUUCGGAAUAGGUUACAUCACCCGUACAGAUCGCAGUAUCCUAGAGCGACUGGGCAAGCUGGGCUAUGCCAAUAUCUCGGAGUACGAUUUCCUCCAGUUCUUCGCUGAGGCGGUCCUUGCUGGCAUUCCUGGGUCUGGACGCGACCAUGAAGUCAGUUCCGCACUGCGCCCAAUUGACCCGGACCGAGAGACUAACCCGCCGGCCUGGCUGGAUAUGCCCCGUCUGUCGUACUACCGGCAUACCAAGCACGUCACUGCGGAGGGAGGAGACAGCAAGUCUUUGUCCGUGCGAUCCCAGCUCAAGGAGCAGACCACUAUGGAGGAUGUACAGAAGGUUCUCACCAAUGGCUUGAUAUCGACGUUAUACAAGCAGCUUGGUCUCGACCCUGAGGACGACGCCAUCUCCCCUGACACCAGUCUUGUUGAGCUGGGCAUUGACUCGCUUGUCGCGGUCGAUAUGCGCGUUUGGUUCACCAAGGAGUUGGACCUUGACAUGCCGGUGCUGAAACUGCUUGGCGGCGCCUCAGUAGCAGCCAUGGUCGAGGAUACGAUGGAGCGCAUGUCUCCGGAUUUGAUACCCAAGGUGGCGCGCAAGGACACCGCUACAGCUGACGCUCCAAGUGCCGAUGAGAAAGUUCCGGUCGUGGAAGUUACUGCUGUGCCUCAGGAAGAGGGUGUCUCAGCCGAGGAGACUCAGGAAGACGAGUCCACAUCUAACGGGGAGAGCAGCUCAACGGAGGAGCCUUCGCUAUCGUCCAAAACCACGCCCCCGUCGAGUUCCGUUGCGUCCGAGGACUUUGUCAAAAUUGAGAAGCCUGUCUCGCUCGACGAACCCAAGUACGUGCGAAAGGCCAAGAUGGGAUACGGCUCGCUCCAGUUCUUCUUCCUGGUCAAGCACCUCGAUGACCCGACGGUGCUGAAUAUGCAGUUCCGGCUUCCUCUCCGGGGUUCCAUCAGGCUCCCCGAUCUGAAAUACGCAGUGCAGCUGCUUGGCCAAAGGCACGAGGCCUUGAGAACCGCCUUCUUCGUGGAUGCCGACAACGACGACGAACCCACGCAGGGGGUGCUAGAGACUUCGCCGCUACGCUUGGAGACAAUCCAGGUUGCUGACGCUGAUGAGGCCAAGAAGGUCUGCGAAGAUGUCCAGAACUACGUGUUUGACAUUGAGGCCGGCGAAACGAUCCGCAUUUUGCUGCUCUCGUUCACCCCGACCACGCACUUGCUGGUCCUCGCUUUCCACCAUAUCAGCAUCGACGGCUUCAGCUUCAACGUCUUGCUCGAUGAGCUGAACUCCUUGUACCAGGGUAAAAUGCUGCCGUCAGUUACUACCCAGUUCACAGAUGUCAUGAUCAAACAGCGGAAUGAUCUCCAAGCUGGGUACAAGCGCUCCGAGCUGGCCUAUUGGCGUAACAUCCUAGGCAAGAUCCCAGACCCGAUUCCUCUUUUCCCCGUUGCAAAAGUUAGCUCUCGUUUGCCCAUGACGAAAUACCAUUUCAACGAAGCCCCCAUGGCCUCCAUCGACGCCGCCACCGCCGAACAAAUCCGCAAACAAUGCCGCGCCCUCAAGGCAACACGGUUCCACUUCUUCAUGACCGUCUUGCGCGUCUUUCUCUUUGCGUUCCUGGACACGGACGAGCUCUGCAUUGGUUUUGCAGAUGCCAGUCGUGCGGACCCCAGUGUGGCCCGGACAGUCGGGUACCUGGUCAAUAUGCUAUCUCUCAAGUUCGAGAGGAAGCCCAAUCAAACAUUUGCGCAAAAGGUAGAGGAGGCACGCAAGCAGUCCUACGCUGCUCUUGCCAACUCGACCGUGCCCUUUAACGCCUUGCUCGAGAAACUGGAGGCGCCCCGCUCGGCUGCCUAUACGCCUGUUUUCCAGGUGUUUAUGGACUACCUGCAGCACAAGUUCACGGCGCCGGAGGGACUGGGUGUGGUUGAGGAUGAGGUGUAUGCGCAUCUCACGCAUAACUUCUUCGACCUUGCUGUUGACAUCAAUGAUGUCUCUGCGAGUGAGAUUCUCAUUCGGUUCCGUAUGCAGCAGUAUCUUUAUGACACUGAUAGUGUGGCCCUUCUCCUGAAGAGCUAUGUACAGCUUGUCCAAAUGUGCGCAUAUAUGGAGCCUACUCGCACUAUUGGAGAGCUUGCCCUCUAUGACAAGGAGGAUAUCCAACAUGCUGAGAAGCUUGGACGGGGCCCCGUUGUUACCUCCCAGUGGCCCUCGACUCCUAUUGAACGAAUCCUCGAGGUUGCCACUACCCAACCAGAGGCCCCAGCCCUAGUUGACGGCGAAGGCGCCAAGCUAAGCUACGCGGAGACGGUUGAUCGUUCUCGCUCAAUUGCCGCCACUCUCCUUGAUGCCGGUGUGACCAAGGGUAGUAUUGUGGGCGUAUACCAGGAGCCCACAGCGGACUCUAUCUGCUCGCUCCUGGCGAUCUGGAUGGUCGGCGCCGUGUAUUUGCCCCUUGACCGACGUGUGCCUUGCUCGAGGCUUUCGCGCAUCGUGCAGGAUUGCCAGCCUGCUGCUAUCCUCUGCCACGAGCGGACUUUCUCUGAUGCCCCUGGACUUGAGGCUGGUCAACAGACUUCCAUUCUUACAGUGUCUGCUAGCGGGACAGACAGUGGUAAGAUGCCGCUCCCAUCAAUCGCUGCUGAUGGAAACGAGACUAGCAUCAUUCUUUACACGAGCGGUUCCACCGGUGUGCCCAAGGGUCUUCCCAUCCGGCAUAUCAGUCUCCUCAACCAGGUCGAGGCCAUGACAACCACUUUUAGGGUCGGUUCCGAGAAGGUGCUGCAGCAGAGUGCUCCCAGCUUUGACGUUUCCAUGCAGCAGAUCCUCAUGGCGCUGUGCAAUGGAGGAACGCUCUACGUCGUACCUGGCGAGACACGCCUGGAUCCCCUCGCUAUCACCAAGCUUAUACAGUCGGAACAGAUCACCUGGGCCCAUGCAACCCCUUCUGAGUACGCACAGUGGCUCCGUCACGGAUCAGCCCAUUUGAGUGCCGCCAAGGAAUGGAAGUUCGCUUUUUCAUCCGGAGAAGCCCUCUCCAAUGCGUUGGUCAAAGAGUUUCAGGCGCUCAAUCGCCCGGACAUCAAGCUUGUCAAUGUUUACGGUCCUGCUGAGGCUGGUGUGAUCACCGGAACAGAGAUCAGUACUACCGACGUGCCUGUCGACCCCCGAGCCCCCGUCUCCCUUGGCUCUCCACUAGCGAACAUGGCCGUAUAUGUGGUUGACCGGAACCUGCAACCUGUGCCGGCUGGGAUGAGUGGCGAGAUUGUCAUCGCAGGCGCAGGAAACAUACCGGGCUAUCUCAACCGGCCUGAACUGACGACAAAGCUGUUCGUCAGAGAUGCUAUCACCCCUGCGGGAUACUACCCCGGGCAGCUUCCUACGAUCUACCGGUCUGGAGAUAUUGGUCGGUAUAGUCCCGAUGGUCAGCUCUAUUACGAAGGCCGUAUGGCCGGCGACACGCAGGUCAAGCUCAAUGGCAUUCGGAUCGACCUGAGCGAUGUGGAAGCCGCUAUUCUCGAAACCGCCGCCGGUGCAGUUGUCAACGCUAUUGUCACAGACCGAAGGAAUCCAGACUUCCUGGUUGCGCAUGUCGAACUCAAGGCUGACAUCCCUGAGGCUGAACGGAAGGAAUUCCUGACUCACAUCCAACAGCGUCUCCCUCUACCGAAGUACAUGUGUCCUGCCAUGCUCAUUUCUCUCGACCAUCUGCCUCUCAACUCCCACGGCAAACUAGAUCGUCGAGCGAUUGCGGCGCAACCCCUGCCUACAGUCGACGGGCUUGACCAAGCGAACGGCGAUGACCUCAGCGAGACUGAACUGACUCUGCGAGAACUCUGGGCCGGUUGUCUUCCAGAGGACGUCGUCAAGUCGGCCAGCAUCUCCACUAGCAGCGACUUCUUCCACCUCGGCGGCAACUCCUAUCUUCUCGUGCGCCUGCAACGGCUCAUCCGCGACCGUUUCAACGUAUCGGUUCCUGUCAUGGCGCUCUACGAUGCUAGCACAUUAGCGGCAAUGGCUCUUAAGAUCCGGAGUAGCGAGUCACUGGCGGUCAUCGACUGGGACGCUGAGACCUCGGUGCCCGAAACCCUCGCCGUUGGAGAGCCCUCUACUCACCGAAAGACCACCAACCUCACCGUCGUUCUUACAGGAGCAACCGGCUAUCUCGGUUCUCGCGUCUUGACGUCUCUCAUUGCAAACGAGCAUGUGACCCGCAUCCACUGCGUCGCAGUCCGAGGGCACUCCCCCGACGUUCCUCGCGAAUUAGCACACAACUCCGACAAGAUCACGAUACAUGCCGGGCACCUUGAGGACCCUCUUCUGAGCAUGUCGGAAGGGGAAUUCAGCUCCGUCGCGGCAGAAGCAGACCUUGUGAUCCACAGUGGCGCGAACCGCUCGUUCUGGGACCACUACGACAAACUGCGCGGGCCGAAUGUCCUCUCCACCAAGACCCUCGUUGACCUGGCGCUGCAGAACAAGGCGCCUCUACACUUUAUCUCCAGUGGCGGGGUGCAUCUCCUCAACCCUGGAGCUAGCGACAACUAUGCGUCCGAGUCUGUGGCCUCGUGCCCCCCGCCCACUGACGGCUCCAAUGGCUAUAUCGCGUCGAAGUGGGCGUCAGAAGUCUAUCUCGAAAACGUCGCCCAGCAGACAGGACUGCCCGUACACAUCCACCGACUCACGCCAGCCCCAGAGCCAGAGUCGGAUGCGGAUACAAAUGCAGAUGCACCGGUCCCAAUGGAACUCCUCGAGGAACUCUCUGCUCUCGUCGAGAAGCUACAAGCCCUACCUGCCCCCAGCGGCUGGACAGGGAGCUUUGAUCUGACACCAGCCAACGCACUAGGUGCCGAUAUUGCGUCCGCUGCUGUUGGGCAGGUUUCUGACUCGGAUGCUGCUCGAUUCAUCCACCACCCGGCGCAGGUCAAGAUGACCAUGGACCAUGUGGUCAAGUACAUGGAUAUGCUGCAGCUCCCGUCGGUUGAGGGCUUUGAGCGCUUGCCGCCUUUGCAGUGGGCUGGAAAGGCGAAGAGGGAAGGGUUCAGCUGGCAUUUCUCUAGCACGGAUUUUGUGUCUAUGGGUGGUGUUGGGGUUGAGUUGAGGAGGUAG